UCCCACCACCACCACCACCACAGAAAAACCAACCACCACCACAGAAAUCCCCACCACAACCGAAGAAAUCCCCACCACAACCACAGAAAAGCCCACCACAACUUCUACAACCACAGAAAAGGGUCCAACUACUGGUGCAACAACAUUCCAAAUCAAAGAGACAACGACGAUGAUCACAGAAAAUACUACGGCUGCAACCCCUGAAGUUGUAAUACAUACUGUGUCUACAAAACAACCACCAACACAACAUCAACAAGAAAUCACCACACCAACUCCUCAUUCUUCAACAACAGAAGGAACAACUUUAUGUUUCUGCAAGUACAUAAAUAAAACAUUUUCUCCAGGAAGCUUCAUGUACAAUCAGACUGAUGGAGAAGGCUGGUGUUUCACUGCAUACUGCAAUUUGAGUUGCAAUGUUGAGAAGCAUGCUAGACCAUGUCAUCAGACCACGACACCAACUCGUAUCAGCACCACAACUGCCUAUACACCUACACCUACACCUACAGUCACAUCCUGUUCGUAUCUGCAGCCACCUCGAGAGGAUGGUGAGUCCUGGAAUUCAAGCAUCUGCACCACAGAAACAUGUGAUAAAGGAAGAGUAAUAACAUCACAUGUGCCAUGUGAACCGGUGACCAUGCCCGUAUGUGAUAAUGGGUAUCCACCUGUUAGGGUUUAUGAUGAAAAAGGCUGCUGUUUCCACUAUGAAUGCAGAUGUAUUUGCAGUGGCUGGGGAGAUCCUCAUUAUAUGACAUUUGACGGCCAGUAUUACAGCUUCCAGAAAAACUGUACAUACGUCCUCUUCAAAGAGAUCAUUCUCAAACACGGUUUAAAAAUUCAUAUCGUCAACGAGAACUGUAAUCCUGCUGGAACUGUGACCUGCGUUAAGUCCUUGAUUGUAUUUUACAAAAACUAUGAAAUAACUCUUACACAGCAGAGAAACCCAACUGCAAAUAAGGUGUCCAUCAACGGCAAGCAGGUAAUCCCGACCUACUCUAAUGAUGACUUCAUCAUAACAAGUACAGCAAUUGAGCUGCUAUUGAGAAUUCCGAAAAUUGAAGCCGUGGUGAUGUUCAAAGGGCUUGUGUACAGCAUCGAUUUGCCGUUUUCCCUUUUCCACAACAACACAGAGGGACAGUGUGGUACCUGUGACAAUAACAAGACAAAUGACUGCCGAUUACCAAAUGGCCAGAUUCAGCCCUGUUCUCAGAUGGGUUGGUGGCGUGUAGUGGAAAACAGUACAUCACAUUGUGAGAACCCAUCUCCUUCACCGGCGCCAGAAUUACUCUGCAAACCUGCUAUCUGCGAAAUUCUGAUGAGCAAGGUGUUUGAGGAAUGCCACAAAGUUAUCGCCCCAAAAGCAUUUUACGAGAGCUGCAAAUUUGAUGUUUGCCACAAUGCCACCGAUGGUUGUUCCAGUAUGGAGGUGUAUGCCAUGAUGUGUGCUGAAUUGUCUGUCUGUGUACCUUGGAGAAAUGCUACAAAUGGGAAGUGUGAACACAAAUGUUCAGGAAAUAAGGUCUACAAGCCAUGUGGGCCAAAGGUUGUUCCAACUUGCAAUGCAAGAUACAAUGAGAAGAAUUCACGAUAUUGCCAGCAACGAAUUGGCACAAAUAAUGAAGGCUGUGAUGGCAUCGUAGAGGGAUGUUUCUGCCCAGAGGGAUUGACCCUGUUCAGCUCCAAUUCUGACCUCUGCGUCUCCGCCUGUUGCACUGGACCGGAUGGCCAACCUAAACAGCUGGGUGAGGCUUGGCAGAGUGACUGCAAGCAGUGUACCUGUGAUAACAACACUCUGAGCGUUCAGUGUGAGCCUGUCACAUGUGCCCCUCAAAAGCCAAUAACAUGCACUGAGGAGGGUGAGGUGUUGGUGAAACGCAUGGUGGGCUGCUGUGAGAGACUGACCUGUGAAUGCGAUAGGAGCAGCUGUUCGUUGCAAAAACAGUGCGAACUGGGCUUCGAGUUGGAGAUCCACAUGUCCAAUGACACCUGCUGCCCAUUUUACAGCUGCGUACCCAAAGGCGUCUGUGUCUUCAAUAAGACUGAGUACAAGCCAGGUAUGGAUUUCUCCAAAAGUCCAUGUGAAUCAUGCAGCUGUACUGAAACUCGGGAUCCCACAAGCCAGUUGAACACAUUUGAGUGUCAUGUGAUGGCAUGUGACCCAUUGUGUCCAGAGGGCCAUGUGUAUGAAAAACGACCUGGACAAUGUUGUGGAGUAUGUGAACAAACAAGCUGUGUUGUGCACGUCCCAGGAUUCUCUACUAUAAUUAUUCAACCUUUUCAGUCUUGGUCCCCACCAAAUGAUAACUGUACAACGUAUGAUUGCCAGAAGGUGAAGAAUGAGUUCAUAACCUCUAAAAGGCAAACAGAAUGUCCUGUAUUUGACCCAGACAACUGCAUUCCUGGAACUGAACAAAGUAGCAUCAACGGUUGCUGCAAAACUUGUACUCCAAAAACCAACUGUCAAAUUAUCAGGAACACCACAUAUCUGCAGACACACGAAUGCACGUCAGUCGUUCCAGUGGAAAUGACCGCCUGUGCAGGACCUUGUGGGGACUCCUCAUCAAAGUACUCUGCGGAGAAAGCGCGUUUGAUGCAUUCAUGCUCAUGCUGUCGGGAAAUGAUCACCAGUAAGAAGGAGGUAGAGAUGACCUGCAAUGAUGGACGAAAGAUAAAGCACUCCUACAUUUCAGUUGAGAGUUGUGGUUGCCAAGCAGCUGACUGUCGGGACAUGAUAGACUAAUUGCGAGACAACUUUCAAAACUUAUCUUAACUAAAGUGGAAAAUUAACUACCAUACUCAUAUAAACAAUUAUUUCUCUACAAAAACUAUUAGACAGCAGGACUCAGUAUGUUAAGACACACACAUCAGUGUAUUCAGCUGCGCCACCUUUUCAACAGAAGAGUUGUUGCGGUCUGAAAUUUUCUAACCCUCAUACUGAUCGUAUAGUGUCGUGUGAUAACAGCACAUAUUUCUGUCCUGGUCUGUCAUUUAGCUUUUGAUGAGGACUUAACAAUGUGGUGUUUUUAAUCUUAACGGGUGUUUCUCUUAAUUUUACUUUAAUUGGUGUGAGAAAUAAAAGACAUACUAAUGGAUUCUGAUCUUACAGUACAUUCCAGCCAUAUUCUGCUCUGGGCACGGGUUUGUUUGUGUUAAUAUGUGAAAGAUUUAAAAGAUGGAGUUUAAUUUUAAAUGAUUGUUGGUCAUUAUUUCAAGCAGCACUGUUAACAUAAAUUAACUCACUACCCAUUGAAUAUACACUGUAAAUACAAGAGUGUUAGGAAUAUCGAGGCAAUCGUUGUCCUGCAUUUUAUGUAUCACACUCCUGGAAAUAUGUCUCUAUUAAAAUCUAUGGUUUACUUGCAA